GACCCUGAAUGAAGAGAAGAACCUGGUCCACCAGAGCACCACCUACCUGACCAACGACAGCUACCAGCACGUCAACUACGGCUCUAUUCUGUUCCAGCUCCGCGAGGCACACGUCGAGUCUGUGGACUUGUAUGACUUCCUGCAGCGCAUCUGGGAGAUCGUCUGGCAGUCACGUGAGUUGCUCAUUGAACUUUGGCAGUCACGUGAGAUGAUCGGUUGAACUUUGGCAGUCACGUGAUUUGCUCAUUGAACUUUGACUGUCACGUGAGUUGCUCGGUUGAACUUUGGAAGUCACGUGAGUUGCUCAUUGAACUUUGGUAGUCACGUGAGAUGCCCAUUGAACUUUGGCAGGCUGACAUUACAUUUUCAGCUUAGUUGAUAGAAGUGUCCUCGUAUUAAUGAAUGUUUUACGGUCCCCACUAUGGUUCAGUUUUAUUUUUACCUGGAAGCUAAACAAUUUGGAGGAGCCACGCAAAAAAAUAAUGGCAAUUAUCGGGUCGUACACAUAGUGUACACCAUGAACAUUAUAUGCAACUCAUUUUGAAAAUGGAAUGUGAGAAAUGGGAGUGGGAGAGAGCGCACAGAAGUCAAGCUUGAUUCCGUUCAUGACUCCACCCCAACCCACCUGUAAUGCCACCACCACUCAUUAAAUACCUUUAAUUGGCUAUUCCAUGUCAUUGAUGAUAGCUUUUAUUUGAAAUCAAAUACCGAUUGACAUUUUUAACUUAAUAAAACUUUUGAAUGUUGUUGAAAAUAUAAAUAUCUCCAGUUUCUCUUCCUACUCUAGUUGUGUUGACAGUCCUUCUGUUGCUGCUGCUGGGUCUGCCUAUAUCAAUGUUAGCUAUGGGUGAGUCUUACGAAAUGCCUUAUAUUUAUGUAUUUGUACAAAAAAAAAGUCAUGAGAUGAAAUAAUGUUUAAAUUUGACAGUGCAAGGCUCAUAAAAACUCUACUAAAGAAAUGGGGCUAUCGCCUGCGCAACCCAAAAUGUUAGGCGGGCCGUAUGUUGUCCAAGCCUGGGCUAUAGCAUGGGUUUUUAAUAUAGAUGGACAUAAAAAUGUCGUUCACGGUAACUAAUUGCCCCCCCCCAAAAAAAAAAUGAAUUGAGUGGCUCCGCCACUGCUCAUAGAUUUUGUCAAAUUAAAAUUUAAGAUGUGGUUUUAAAUAAGUUGUGGUGUGAUCUGUUUUGGGGAAUGCUCUGAAGAAUGUGUCGGGGAAUGCUCUGGAGAAUGUGUCGGGGAAUGUUCUGGAGAAUGUGUCGGGGAAUGCUCUGGAGAAUGUGUCGGGGAAUGUUCUGGAGAAUGUGUCGGGGAAAGCUCAGGAGAAAUUGUUGGGGAAUGCUCUGGAGAAUGUGUCGGGGAAUGUUCUGGAGAAUAUAUUGGUGGAAAGUUCUCAAUAAAAACAGCAUUGGUCAUUGAUAUUUCGAAACGUUGAGCGCAUCAUGUUGUUAUGUGACGUAACAGUGUGACGUAACGGUGUGACGUAACGGUGUGACGUAACAGUGUGACGUAACAGUGUCACGUAGCCGUACGACGUAACCAUAUGACUAACAGGAUUGCGGAACUGUACGGCGUAACAACAGGAUCUAACUAUGUGACGUAAAAAUGUGACAUAAAAAAAAGCACAAAAUAGUUUGAUUGACAUGUACCUGGGAACUGUGCACUACAAAGGCCAUGAAGUUGAAGCUUUGUCCAAAAUAUUCCUCCGGCCUGGACUAUGUUCAAUCCUCAUCGAGCCAUGAGCCGCCGGAGGUAAGUCCAAGUCCAUCUUAUUGUACAUCAGCACUAGCAAAAUGACCCGUCAAAAAUGAAGUAACCUGUAGGAUAAUGGUUCUUCGAUGGGUCACAUUUCUUCAGUGUAUUCAACGUUUACAACAAAUUUAAUUUAUGACGUCAGUGUUUUGCUACAUUUAAGAAUGAAAUGCUAAAAAUACAUUUAAAAAAAAUAAAUAAAUAAAAGAAUUCAGGGCGUCGGGUGGGGUGAGGAAGAAUCAGUUGGAUCAUCGUGGAUUCGAACCCGGCUCAACAGCUUGCCCUAUCAGAAAACUGUCACUUACAAUAAAUUCCAAAAGAAAGCCGUAUUUUUUAUAUUUCAGAUUGUCUAACUCUGUAGAUUUCUUUUACAGCUACGCGUCACUCUUUGUGUGCUGUGACCGGGGGGGGGGGGUUAAAUUCAUUUCAUCAAAACUGCAUGACUUCCCCUGCGGACAGCAUACAGUGUAUGAACAGCUUUCUUGUACUUCUUAAUUAAUUGGCUGUUUUAUGCAUGGCACAGCACUCAGUUUUAUGGCCCGAUUCAUUAUGGUCCCAUUCAUUUUGGCCCAAUUCAUCAACACUUGCUGCACUUAAAAUGUUCGUGAACUUUUCAUAAAAGCUGCGUCAAAUCACAUCAAGGACGGGAAGUCAUCACAUUGGAACAAAAAUGUGCAUAUAAAAUUAACUCCCUUUCAUGCUGGCCCGUUCAUUUCUAUCAUGGCAGUGUCCUUUCUUGGUUUGAAGUUUCAGCUUCUAUGUAGGACCCGACCAUAAAAAAAGAGUUUCGGUUUUGAGACUAUCGUAAACGCCGGCCACGCGCAGCGUUUCAUUAAUGCAAAGUUUGAUUCGUGCUCCGGGAUCAAACUUUUUAACAACGUUAGUGGAUUUUAUCGCCGUAGUUUAAGUGACGUCACCACAGAACUUUAUGUCUGAUCAUUAGGAAGACAACAAAACAACCCCCCCCCCACACACACACACACACCCCAAACCACUCUUAGAUCGAUUUUAACUUAAAAUGUUCAUAGAUUUAAUAUUAUUCUAUAAAAAGAUGUUAAAUUUCGAGGGAGAUGUCUGAAAUCAAAAGAUAUAUUAAUCCUCCACCACCCACUGGGCAUACUUCCAGGAGCGGAGUGAGUAAAGAGGGAGGUACCUGAACACAAUGAGGGAUACAGAACCACUGAUAUGGUCACCGAAUUUUUAUUAUUUUUUUUUUACCAAGGCGCAUUAUACAGCGCAUUGUGUUUGUGCGCGGAACACUUACAAUAUUGUAUUAUUCGUAAACACAUUGAGCCCUUGAUUUGAAAAAGAAUAGUUUUGGCCAUUGCUUACUUAAUGCUUAUGUUGUGUUGUACGUUUUUUGCGCGAUUAAAAAAAAAAAAUAAAUAAAAAAUAAAAAUAAAAACAAUAAAUUCAUGAAUUAGUGUUCGCCACCCCUGCUGAAGAUAAAACAUCAAAAUACAUAAAUUCAUUGAGGCAACUAUAUUUAUUUUAAAAUUACUUUAAAAAUUACAAUGGUAAAAAUUUUUUCUCAAAUUGAAUGCGAUAAUUAGCUUGCUUAUCUUGGCAGAUUUCAUCAAUAUUGUGACGAACAAAUGAUAAAGGCCACUCGCAUCUUUUCUUCUAAAUGUCCCAGGCUCUCUUGUUUCUUUGAUUUAAUUUUACCAUUUUUGAAAAUCCCGCUUCGCGAAGAUUUCCAUUCAAGACCAGUUUUCUCAAACUUCCUAAUGUCCGGACGCCAUAAUACAGGUCCUCCUGUUGUGGGUACGCCCCCACCAUAAAAGUAUUUUCGUUGCUACUUCGUUAAGGGAUUUGUUAUUGCUAAAAUUGGAAUACAGAAAACUCUAGGAUUGAUCAAACUCAAAUACAGAAAACUCUAGGAUUGAUCAAACUCAAAUACAGAAAACUCUAUGAUUGAUCAAACUCGAAUACAGAAAACUCUAUGAUUGAUCAAAGUCAAUGAAUUUUAAAUGCAUGCGUGAUUGACAAGGAGACGGAGGAUUGUGAAUGUAUUAGCAUUGAAAGGCCAUAAUGUGUUUUCAGUUGGUCUUAUGCAACCCCUGUGCAAGGGGUCGCGACCCUCAGGUUGAGAACCGCUGUUCUAGACCCAAGGAUUUAUCUUUAACCAAGAUCCAAAAUUCAAUGAACUUCAAUUCGAAUCCACGAUCUGAAGAGAGUGACACAAUUUCUUCUUAUUCAUUCGGCGUAAAACUGGAGAAGUCGGAUGAAACACACGGAUUUGUUAUCCAAUCAAAAAUAGAAUAUAUUUUUUUCCAUUUUUUAAAAAAAUGUUUUAUUAUAAAAGCCAUGAUUGCCUCGUUAGUAUCCUGUCCAGAAGGGAAGAUUUGUGUUUCUUUCGCUUUUAUAUUUCUUCCAUAGUAUAAAUGUUUUUUUUUUAAAUAUUGUUUUUAAAAUUUUCACUGAACAUGAUUUUUCAGUCGAUCUAAGAAUAUGAUCGAUUAUUUUUUUCCCCCUCCAUUUCAUCAGAAUGUAAAGGGGAACAUAAUGAGAUAGGUAACAUAUCUUGUCUAAUGCCAGUAUAAGAGAUUCACUGUUACCAGGGGAUUUGGGGAGAAAAAAAAAAGGGGAGGGGGGGGGGCAGUAUCAUGGAUCAAUAAACCAACAAAAAGCAUCCCGUAAUCAUGUCAAUGACUUUGAAGAUAGGUAACAUAUCUUGUCUAAUGCCAGUAUAAGAGAUUCACUGUUACCAGGGGAUUUGGGGAGAAAAAAAAAAGGGGAGGGGGGGGGGUCAGUAUCAUGGAUCAGUAGACCAACAAAGAGCAUCCCGUAAUCAUGUCAAUGACUUUGGCACUGUUGAAUCCCUGACUGAGUCUGAGGUAAACAAUUUGUAAUCAUGAAAACAUUGAUUGACAAUUUGUCAUCAUCAAUUUGUCAUCAUCAAAAUCUUGAUUGACAAUUUGUCAUCAUCAAUUUGUCAUCAAAAUCUUGAUUGACAAUUUGUCAUCAUUAAUUUGUCAUCAAAAUCUUGAUUGACAAUUUGUCAUCAUCAUUUUGUCAUCAUCAAAAUCUUGAUUGACAAUUUGUCAUCAUCAAUUUGUCAUCAUCAAAAUCUUGAUUGACAAUUUGUCAUCAUCAAAACCUUGAAUGACAAUUUGGCAUCAUCAAUUUGUCAUCAUCAAAAUCUUGAUUGACAAUUUGUCAUCAUCAAUUUGUCAUCAAAAUCUUGAUUGACAAUUUGUCAUCAUCAAUUUGUCAUCAAAAUCUUGAUUGACAAUUUGUCAUCAUCAAUUUGUCAUCAUCAAAAUCUUGAUUGACAAUUUGUCAUCAUCAAAACCUUGAAUGACAAUUUGGCAUCAUCAAAACCUUGAUUGACAGUUUGGCAUCAUCAAAAAAAAAACCUUGAUUGACAGUUUGGCAUCAUCAAAAUUAUUUUUUUAAAAUAGACCCGGAUGUAAUAUCCGAUGGAAUAAUUGUGACGUCACUCUCAAGAUGUGGGUCGUAUUCUUGAUUUAGCCAUUAUUCUGUCAGUGGCGUGCCCAUAAUUUAUCUAGUCAGUGGCGAGCCCAUCGAAGUCGAUACUCACAAUAAUGCUCUUAUUUUAUCAAGUUAUCCAACUAAGACUUGACUCAAAAGAGUUACAUUAGUUUGUAAUACUAUGUGGACUAUGUGAGUUACAUUAGUUUGUAAUACUAUGUGGACUAUGUAAGCGGCAAUGUUUUGUAAGGCUUUUAUCAUAUUAAAAAUGAGUUAACUGAUUGAAAGUUACUUGCUUGAGUAAGCUGCAGUAAGCUGCAGUAAGCUGCAACACCCUGAACGUUAAGCCACAUUAAAUUGCCACCAAUGGAUCAAAGUAAUUCGAUCGAUACGCGAUAAUUGGUUUUCCGAACGCUCAGGGGAAUGUUCCUUUGACACGAGGAGUUAACUCCAACAAACAAGUUAUCUCCCAUGUAACACUUUACACAAAAGUUCACUAUUCCUGAAAUACUUUGCACUUUUCUGUUCCUAUUCAUUAAGUUGACGCAAAAGCUCACCAGUUCCUAAACCGAAGCUUGACAAAAAUAAAUUAUAAUUUUUGGGGGCCUUAUUGUGCGAAUGAAUAUUUCAACGAAUUUAUUUCUUCUUCUUUGGGGUGGUGCAAGGGUUUUUCUGUUGGUGAAUAGUUUGAAAAAUAGAGUCAAGAAAAUAAAAUAUUUUGCUUGCCGAAGAACAUGGAGACAGUUGGAACCGACAACUAUUGACAUAAGUGUCCACAAGGAACAUUGGCAUAAGUGUCCACAAGGAACAUUGACAUAAGUGUCCACAACGAACAUUGACAUAAGUGUCCACAAGGAACAUUGACAUAAGUGUCCACAACGAACAUUAACAUAAGUGUCCACAAGGAACAUUGACAUAAGUGUCCACAACGAACAUUGACAUAAGUGUCCACAAGGAACAUUGACAUAAGUGUCCACAAGGAACAUUGACAUAAGUGUCCACAACGAACAUUGACAUAAGUGUCCACAAGGAACAUAGACAUAAGUGUCCACAAGGAACAUUGACAUAAGCAUCACUUAGGAACAUUGACAUAGCAUCACUUAGAAAAAUUGACAUAAUUGUCCCUAGGAAAAUUAACGAGAGUGUCACUGAAGCCAAUGGACACACCCGUAUCUCACUCAGUUAACUUGGUGUUCGGCCAAGUCACGAGAAGGGUAGCUCCCCCUUGGAUCGCACCCUUUAUAAAUAGUUUGUAUCUAACUUAUAAACUGACGUUUGUUGGUAACUGAGGCGCGAUGUAGAGGAGAAGGUGUAGAAGAGACAUAGAGGGGUUAUGAAGACAGAAAGAGAGUGAGAGAGAGAGAUAGAAAGAGGGGGGUGAAGAGGAGAGAGAGGGAUGAAGAGAGACAAAGAGAGAGUGAUCAAGAUAGAGAGAAAGAGACAGAGCGAGGGAUAACGAGAGAGAAAGAGAGAAAGUGAAUAUAUAUAUAUAUAUAUAUAUAUAUAUAUAUAUAUAUAUAUAUAGAGAGAGAGAGAGAGAGAGAGAGAGAGAGAGAGAGAGAAAUAAAAAUAGAGAGAGUAUUUUAGCGCGCUUCUUUUCCUAGUGCUGGUGGUAAAAGAGAGAGAGAAAAAGAGAGAGAGAAAGAGAGAGAGAGAGAGAUAAAGAGAGAGAAAGAGAGAAAGUGAAUAUAUAUAUAUAUAUAUAUAUAUAUAUAUAUAUAUAUAUAUAUAGAGAGAGAGAGAGAGAGAGAGAGAGAGAGACCGAGAGAAAUAAAAAUAGAGAAAGUAUUUUAGCACGCUUCUUUUCCUAGUGCUGGUGGUGACGGCCAAUGCACGCACUACAGCUCCAGCACAAACAUGGAAUGAAUCUUUUCAUCUUUUCAACGUAACAAACAUGAUUAUAACACAAAGGGAGAAUCUCCAUUUAAGAAAUGUAGUCUAUUAAAAUGUAAAAUAAUGUUGUUCUUGGUGUGCCCCUAGUAAUAAAUAUUUGGUCACAGCUGUUCAUAAUUUAAAAAUGAGUUGAAAAUAUUUAAUUAGAAAUUUUCACUGCAUUUUAAAGAAGUGAAUUUUGGUGUCCCACUCCUCAGUGCGUCUCUUAGAACUCUCCGUGGUCCCCUAAUGAUAUUCUUUUCCGAUGCCCCAAGAGUUUGCCGUGGCUCUUCCGGGGGCCAUAUGUCCCAAGUUCAGAACCCCUGAUCGGGAGUAUCAUUUUUGCUCAUCUGACAUUGAAACUUUAUUUUGAUUGACAUUUCAUUCUUGUCUCCCUGACCAGGCACGUCAUACCUCGAGGACUGCCCCAAGGAACCCAAAAUACCCAUCUACCUUCUGGUGGGCGGCGCCUUCGGCUUCAUCUUCCUCUGCAUCGUCCUGUGGCAGCAGAAGCGGGCGCGCGACUACGUGCUGCUCGACGACUCCAAGGACGACAGCGACGUUGACGACGAUGACGUCAUGACCCGCAGCUACCGGUUCACCGGGUACAUCCUGUCGUUCUUCCUCCUCUUCUGGUUCGCCCUCGGCAACUUCUGGCUGUUCUCCAUCUGGCAGCCGAACUACUCCCAGCCGCUGCACGAGCCGAGGAACUGGUGCUCCCGACGGCUGUAUCAGUACGCGUUCUACCAGAUGGUCACGUGCUACUCCCUGUUCGGCAUGGGCGUCAUCGCGUUCUUGGGCUGCCUAGCUGCCUACGCCUGGGGUCUAUACCGAGGGAAAUAGGAAGUCAAAAGAUGAAGAAAUUUUAAAAUGUCACAAAAUCCAUGGUUUAUUUUUCAUUCACCAAGAGGAAUUUUUUUUAAUCACUAUUACAAUAAGUGACAUUGUUCAAAUUUCCAUUAACAAACAUUGACAGAUGACUCAUGUAGAUCCAUUAACACGAACUGUAAUUUUGUGACAUAAAAUCCAGUGUUUGGUUUGAACAAAGAUCCCCUGGAUAAGUCGUUAUCUGUUUUGUAUAAUUGUUUAAAAAAAAAUAAUAAUGUUAU